AUGGCGAAGAAAAGUAAUCCGAAAAACCCACCGAAAGCUCUCCAAGCCUUGUUGGACAGCGGAUCACGAUUCCGGAACCAGAUCGACGAAAUCAUUGACUCGAUUGAAGACCUCGAAUCUGCCGAUCCCAAGUUUCCCGACAAUCAGCAGCCCGAUGCCAUAUCCCUGCUAUUGAAAGGACUUUUCGAAAAACUGCAAUCGCUCGAGGACGGAAUCACGAUUCAUCCGGAUGUCGCCAACUCUGAAUCUGAACAGCUCGAUAUGGAAGAUAUCGACAGAUUUGAGCUCAGAUUCCGCCGAGCAACCGCGGCGAUCGACGCCGCUCACAGCAGGCGUGUCCGCGCUGUCGACACGACUGCCUUCUUCACGCCAGCGCGACCUCGGGUGCGUUUUCAGGAAGAGAACAAUGAAAACGCGACCCGAAAUGAACGCGCAGCUCAGCGACCCGAAAUCUUCAAGGGUGACCGAUUGAAGUUUCGCACCUUCAUGAAACAAUUCGAAAUUUUCGUUUCAAAAAGUCCGAGAGCAGCCGACUGCGAACGCUUAAUGGCUCUGAGGAAAUUCGUUCCCGACGAGCCGAAACAGUUGGUCGACGCUCUCGAACUAACUGAUUCGAACUACAAAAUCGCAUUCACGACGUUGGAAGAAAAUUAUUCUCGAGUCGAUGUGGACAGAGAGCGCUUGCUCUCCGAACUUCGAAACCUUCCGAAAGUGCCCAGCCUGAAUGCCGUAGCUGAACUGAGGAAACUCGUUAUUCAAGUUCAGACAAACACCAAAGUUCUCGAAAGCCUCGGCGUCCGAAUGGAUUCCAUUGCUGUCAUGGUACAAUCGUCGCUGACAGCGUCUCUACCACCGGCGCUCCGACAGUUAUUCAAGCAAUGGCGGAGAAUCGAAGUUACUCGACAAUCCCGCGAGCCGCCUCCUGCGAUAAGAACUCCGAGUUCGACGUCGACGCCUGCUCACCGACUAUUCGACAUCACGACUGAAAUCUCCGAGACUAGGUGUGACACCGACGCCAGCGAAGAGCCAAUCGUGGAGCUCCAGCGAACAAUUCGCUACGCUCUGCAACACAUCCGAGAUUAUGAAGACAGUGGCUACCUUGAUGCAGCGCUCGGAACGUCGAACAAGAAUGAGGCGCAGGCGCCGAAGAAACCAGUCGGCAACAAGAAGCUCCUCGCAACGGUUGCUGCAGCGAACGGCAGAACGAGCAACGCGAGAGCGGAAAAACGAAUACGACCGUGUCUCUUCUGCAAUACUGCCGAUCACAACUCGUCAAGAUUCGCCGCGUCGUUCUCCAUAGAGGCGCGACGGGAGAUUUUGAAGAAGCAGAAAAGAUGUCCGAAAUGCUUCCUGACCGAACAUGCAAAGCCUGGCGAAUGUCGAGGGCCUCGCGUGUCGUGUAAUGUUUGUAAAUCGUCACAGCAUCACACAUCCAUGCAUGCUCCGGAGGACCACACCAGGCCAGCCAGCUCGGCUACACCGGUCAUAUCAAAUGUCGUUGGUGGCAUCAGCGAUUGCGAUGAGCCGACGGUUAUGUUGACAGCCCAGGCAUUCAUUCUGCACGGUGCCAGAAAGAUCCCGUGUCGAAUCUUCUUCGACCACGGAUCGGGGUUGGCGUUCAUUUCUCCAAACACUCGUCGUUUGCUAAUGAAUGCUCAGCCUCUCAGCAACAGAAAUCUGGUCAUCGACACCUUUAAGAGUCAGGAUGAAUUCAGGGCAAAUCGGUUUCGUGUUGUUCUUCAAAGCACGUUCGACGAGCACAUCAAAAUCCCAAUCUUUGCCUAUGAGCGAGCUUUCCCGGUGAAUCCUAGAAACCCGCUGUCUCCGACGUCCCGUGAGGCUGUUCGAAAAUUCGCAGAGGAGCAUCAGCUGGCAGACGCUUCGCUGCUCAGUGGUGAGGCAAACGAGCAGCCCGGCAUCAUCAUUGGCUUAGACCAAAUCUACCGGGUUCUGCUAUUCGACGCGCCGAAAUCGGUCGAUGGUUCUCUUGUGGCGCUCAACAGCCGCCUCGGAUGGACCGUCGGCGGACCGCUCUCCUGUCCUCAGGCCGGCCUCGGAAGAGUGACAUCCGUCAGCGCUGUCUGCUGCGUCGCGACUCUCUCCCAACAGUCAAAAGUGUUGCCAGCUGAUUUUGCAACCAGCCCGGCGAAACUCGUGGAGAAACUAUGGCGACUCGAUACGAUCGGAGUGGAGGACCAGUCCACUUCGUCCAGGUUGAGCUCCGACGAAAGCUCAGCCUUGCAGCAGUUCGAGCAAAGUGUGACCUACGACGGGAAAAGAUAUUCGGUGUCCUUCCCGAAGCGAGACUCAAUCACCUCAUUGCAAAACAACAGGAAUGUGGCGCUGCGCCGCCUCCGAGGCAAGCUCAGACAGUUGAUGAAAUCGCCAGAAAAAUACUCGCGUUACCAUGAAGAAAUAAUGGAAUUCGUCAAAAAUGGCCACGCUUACGAAAUCGACGGUCCUGCCCUGGGAUGCUCCAAUGAGGCAGAGGGAACGUAUCAUAUGCCCCACCACGAAGUGACAGCUUCGUUGAAUGAAAACCUGUUGCCCGGUCCAAAUUUAAAUCCCGACCUCGUUUCCCUGCUCAUGAACUUCCGACUACACGCAAUCGCUGUGUCGGCGGACAUAAAGGCAGCUUACAUGAGAACCGAAAUCCACGACGCUGACCGCCGACUGUUUCGGUUCCUGUGGAGGGCCCCUGGCGAGGAGAAGAUCAGAACCUUCGAGAUGAAGAAAGUGACGUGGGGGGCUGCCUCCUCCGGGUUCUUGCUGGCGGCGACCAUCCGCGGGCAUCUCAAGAAAGUGGAGCCCCAGAUCGGCGAGCGACUGGGAGAUCAUCUAUACGCUGACGACUUCCUGCAAAGCUUCCCCAACCAGCAGCAGGCUAUCGAAUAUGCCGACCGUCUGCGCAACGCAUUACAGUCUGCCGAUAUGGCUUUGGCGAAAUGGAAAAGCAACUCCAAGGACGUCACAAAGCAUCUGAUAGAUGUCGGAGUUAAAGAAGCGGAAUUCCAAUCGAGUCCGAGCAACCUGUUCAGGGUCCUAGGCAUCAUUUGGUCGCCGACUCAGGAUACCUUGAGCUUCAGCAUCCCAUCAGUGGAUCCAAAGUGGAGCAUUGUAACGGCGGUGACCAAGCGGGCAGCGCUGAGCAUCACAGCAUCAGUGUAUGACCCACUCGGCCUUCUCAUCCCUUACACAAUCUGGGGCAAAUUGCUCAUACAGCGACUCUGGUCUACGAAACUACAGUGGGACGACCCCAUACCCAUUCGAAGCCGCGUUGAGUUGCUGGAGUGGUCGGAAGAGCUCUCCGAGCUCCCGCGAAUCAACAUUGAACGGCAGUACUCGAACGUCGGUGGGGACGUCCAGAGCUACCAUCUACACGUCUUCGCAGACGCGUCUCCGUCGGCCUUCGCGUGCGCCGCGUACAUCGAGUAUCGCGUCCGAAACGGUGACUCGGGGUCAUCGCUGCUUAUGUGCAAGUCGAGACUCGCGCCGAUAGACAAGCCACCAACACUGCCACGGCUGGAGUUGCUUGCGGCACUCCUGGCUGUUCGUCUGAAGAGGUUCAUCGUCGAGCGCAUCGAGGUACAGUUCGAGACGAUCAGGUUCUACACGGACUCAACCAUCACCUAUCAUUGGGUGACAGGAUCGUCGCCAGGCCGAUGGAAGGCAUUCAUUCACAAUCGAGUUGAAGAGAUCCAGCAAGAGUCGAGAGUAGACCAGUGGUACCACGUACAGGGCGAGCACAACAUAGCCGACCUUGCAACACGAGGAAUCUCUGCGCGGACACUCAGGGGAACCCUUGCAUGGUGGCAUGGACCCCGGUGGCUCCACCUGCCCGAGGGAGAUAAGCCCAUCUCCCGUCCGCGCUUGGAAGACAAUGCAUUCGAAGCCGCCAAAGAGGAAAUCCGUCACACGUCCGCACCAACAACAGUAGCCGAAAGAACACAUCCGCUGGAUCUGGAGCUGUUCUCUUCGGCGUCCCGCGCGGUCCGCGUCAUGGCUAACGCACUGCGAUUCAUCCGAACUGCACGGCGACAACCCUAUGCAGCCGUGGCGGAGAUACACCAAGUGGCUGAGCGACAAAUAAUACGAUCCGUUCAGGCACAGUAUUUCCGAAAGGAGAUCCACGCAACUGAGGCGGAAGGACCUUUCUUCACUCACGACGAAAAGAAUCCGAUUGUCCUGCCUGGCGAAUCUCGCUUCGCUCGACUACUCAUUUACGACGCUCAUCGAGUGAAUGCACACUUCGGAGUGGCCACAAUACUCAACCAAAUCCGCCGACGUUUCUGGAUAACUCGAGGUAGACAGGUGAUUCAAGCAAUCCUCAACAAAUGCGUCGUCUGUAAACGACGCCAACGCCGUCCUGCAGACCAGAUCGGAGCGCCGUUACCGGAACCGAGGGUAACCUUGUACGCCCCAUUCCAAACAACUGGCAUUGAUUUCUGCGGACCUUUCUACACUCGAACGGAGACGGGAACGCAGGAAACCUACGUCGCGCUAUUUACGUGUGCGGCCACUCGUGCGGUUCACUUAGAGAUGACGCCGUUCAUGUCGACGCCCUCAACCCAUCUCGCUCUGUGUCGUUUUUUAGCUGAGCACCCCGCUUGUCUGCGCUUUGUGUCGGACAAUGGUCGUUCCUUCGUCAGAGCAGCCUCGGACAUAAAGCGGCUGUUCAACUCGGUUCGAGACCCGGAGGUGAGGUCACUACUUGAGGGGAGGUCGAUUGAGUGGUCCUUCAACUCCCCGUGUUCCGCCUGGCAUGGCGGAUUCUUCGAGCGACUCGUCAAGACUACACUCUACAGCUCCGGUCGGCCCAGCAAGUCCGAGGACAACGACGCGCCCCAAUCGUCACUGGCGACGUUUGCUUGCUGA